AUUUUUUUCAUGACUUUCUAUUUUAUAGAUUGGGAGAGUGAAUGUUAGAAUGACAUAUAUUUAUUAGAAAUAUUUGGAUUAAUAAAAUCGAAGGAGAGAUUAAAAGCGCAAAGGAGUAAAAUAAAAGUGGAUAAAUUUACAAAGACAAUUUUGACUUUAUUAAUCGUUACUUGAACGUAGCCCUCUAUUUUAUCAAAGAUUUUACCUAUAAAAAUGACAAGAUAAAUAAUUAUUCAACAUUACGAAUAGAUGAUGAUAGAUUGAGUUUCCUGAAUCGUUCAUCAUGGAUUUUGCCUUAUAUUUGAGCCAAUGGUAUUUCUAUCUUAAUCUCGAGAUGUUCAUUAACUAAUCAUUCGUUUAAUCGAAUAACUUCCUUAUAGUUAAAAAAAAUAAAUUAAAUCACCUAUUUCAUAAUGUCGCACGGCGUUAACUACUCAGGCAAUAAUAGUUUUUAUAGUCACCUGCUUCCCAAUCCCUAUGUCCAACAAGGCAAUAUCAAUAGGCGCUCGUUCAAUUUGUUUAGGAUUCCCUUCACGUUUUUCCCUCUAUGUGCUUCAAAUUCAUAUCCAUCAUCUUUGAAUUCUGUCAAUUCCUCAUCCACCUUUAGCUUGAAUCGAUUGAAAGUCUCCCUUUUAGGCCACUCGGAUCCCAAUCUAUCAUCUUAUAACACGUCACAUCAGCUCAAAGAUUUAUACGAUUCUCCCCUUUUACGACGUAGGAGCAAUCGUCUUUUCACCCCUCCAUCGUCCCAUUUGACCCGUAGCGAUAGUUAUAAGAGUUAUAAAAGCGGCAAAAGUUAUUUGAGCAGCAACGAGAGCGGAUCAUGUUCCUCACCCUGUCAGAUCAUAGGCAGUCAUCUUUACAGCGGUGGUAGCAGUGGCCAUAAAGUCAAAAAGUCUGGCGGCAGAAGAAUUAGCUUGGUGCCCCCUCUCAUCUGCGGACCCGGACCGGGCCGUUUCAAGCAAAACAACAGCGCCAUGUUUUGUGGUUAUAAUUUCAACCCCUCUUUCACGGGCUCUAACCCAGUUUCGCCGCAGCAAGAGAAUGUUACCUUGGAUCGCGAUGAUAAUAAAGUUAGCCGACAUUCCGUCUUCGAAUACCCUACUAUGGAUGCCAAACCAAGUAAUGUCGAUAUUGAUAUGCUCAAGCGGGACGAGGUCAAGAUAAAUACAGAGGAUGGAAAUAUUCGCAGCAAUAUAUUUGGUGCUGAGUCCUCGCAUAGUGCUGUCUCAAAAAUUGGUGCUCAAGUUAGCAAGAAAAGGGAUAAAAAUACUCAAAAAAGUUUCCUAUUUCCGGAUAAAACGAACAUUCCUGCUCCACAUUUUUCCAUUCCUUUUUUAAAAAAAUUAGAUAUUCGGCGUUGGUCUUUUGCAUCCAUUCACUCCUCUGGUUAUGGCACUAACACUCCGCUCAGUUCUUCUUCCCAACAUUCUUCUAACGAGAAAAUCUUGCUCAACAUGAAUACCUUUGGUAAAAAGGCUAACGCGCUUCAGUGUCUACCUUCCCCGCACACCGAACUCAAGAAAAGCGCGGUAAAAAAUGAGGAUUUGAAAUUGACUCAAGCCGAAAAUAUGAGUAAACUACCCCAAAUUAUGUUGCACAAAAACGGCGCUGAAUCCGCUAAAGAGAUUGAAACCAGCUUAGGAAGCGAAGUGGACGAGGAGGCUCAUGAUGCCCCGGGUGCAGAUAUUAUCAGUCACGGAUCUGAAACGUACGAUUUGGGUAGGGCCUCGAGCGAAAGAUCCUUCGGUGGCCAUUCUCCUAUAAAUUCUAGCCAUCGUAAUUCUUUUUGCGAGCCUAAUAUCGUGGCCCUGAAUCAAUUUUACCGAGAAAAAUUUCCCAAAACUGUCGAAAAAAUGGACCGAGAACUGUCCAAAUUCGUGGAAGCGAGUCGGAACGAACUUAAGGCUGAUAUGCUUCUUUUGGUACGAGAUUCGAUGGAUUCGGAAUCGGGUAUAACUGACCAAUGCUUGGAUUCCACUUCUUCCGCUACCAUUAAUUAUCCGAAUAAUUUAGGUUGCUCUGCGGGCUUCGCUCGUCGUCAGCUAACGGAAUUAGCGAGUGACUGCCUAGAACAUUCUCGAACAAAUUCCUUGACUCAUUUUUAUUUUGACGAGAUGGUUAGAAAGAUCACCGAUCUCACCCAAUUAAGCUCCAUAAGUUCCUCUGUUCAAUUCUACGACAAGGAUCUCUCGCUGAUCGCUAAAGCGAGAAAGCUGAUGACUAUUAUCGCUAGACCAGCUCGGAUACUGGAGUGCCUACAGUUUGACCCCGUCAGUUUUUAUAUGGACGCGUCAGAUAUGCCGUGCCACAAAGAUGACCCAACACACAGCCCCAUAACAUUGAGUCCCCUCAAAAAUAAGGGCGAAAGAGGAGACGAUUCGGGCGAUUUUGACGAAGAGAAAAGGAAAAGUAUCAAAAGAUACACGAUGGAGAAGUUGGGCCUUGAUAAAGAAGCGGAUUACCGAUUUUUAACGACACUGCACAACAACAAGAUUAUUGAUUCGACCGGCGUUGAAGAUGAGAAAAAUGAAACUCUCGAUCAUACGCGUGAACGUAACGCGGCGGAAUUCGAGAUACCUUUACCGAAAGAGGAGGAUUUCGAAAUUGUUAAAUUAAUAAGCAACGGAGCCUACGCGUCUGUCUACUUGGUUAGGCAUAAGAAAUACAAAGGCAUGAGAUUCGCCCUUAAGAAAUUGAGCAAGCGGAACCUGAUAGUCAGCGCCGCCGACCAGCAAUACCAAAGUAAUCUUUACAGAUCGCGAGAAAAUAGCCUGGAAGAAUCCUCCCUCGAAAGAAUUUUCACCGAAAGAGAUAUUUUGACCUUCGUAGAUAACCCGUUCGUGGUGAGCAUGUACGGAAGCUUCGAAACUGAUACCCAUCUUUGCAUUAUACUCGAAUACGUUGAAGGGGGAGACUGCGCCAGCUUGCUCAAAAAUAUUCAUCGCCUCCCACUUGACCUAGCAAGACCUUAUUUCGCGGAAGCUGUUUUAGCACUCGAAUACCUCCACCAUUUCGGCAUAAUUCACCGAGACCUUAAACCCGAGAAUUUUCUUAUAACCGCUACCGGUCACAUUAAACUAACCGAUUUUGGCCUCUCUAAAAUAGGUUUGAUGUCCCUCACUAAUGAUUAUUUUAAUCAGAGAAAAAAUGGCGACUUUUCUCCCCGCGAGGAACUCGAUAAAGAUAAGGAAGAAACUGAAAACGAAAAUUUGCAUGAUAACAACGACCACAAGGAUAACAAAGGGAACGAGGACCAGGAAUUCGAAGAACUGGCUGAUUAUUAUUUCUGGGAAACGGCCAGAGACGAUGAUACCAGUGUUUUAGACGUCAACUCGAUCCGGUAUUUUAAGGAUAUGAACGUUUUUGGGACACCCGAAUAUAUAGCGCCAGAGGUUAUCCUUGGUCAGGGCUACGGAAAGCCCGUUGAUUGGUGGUCAAUGGGCAUAAUUCUCUACGAAUUUUUGACUGGGACCGUCCCAUUCUACGUCCAUAUAGAUAACGAAAUCUCACACUCUAGCAAUGAAAAUGCAAUGAAUGAUCAAUCAUCUCCUCUCGAUCUUUUCGAACAAAUCACGAAAGGCGAGAUAGAAUGGCCCGAUCAAGUCCAAAACGAUGAAGAUGACGGCGAAAUGCUUAUAGGUCCCAUAGCCAAAGACCUCAUAUCGGGUUUACUCAUUAAGGACCCAGCCCAUCGUUUGGGCAGUUACAAUGGAUCGGCAGAUAUUAAACGUCAUCCAUUUUUUGUCAGCGUUAAUUGGGAUGGUCUUAUAAGGAAAAAGGCUGAAUUCAUUCCUAGGUUAGACAACGAUGAAGACACUAGUUAUUUCGAUGCUAGAUCUGAUAGAUAUCAACACUCAGACGAAGAAGAAGACAAUCUUUCUAUGCCAGAUUCUUCUCACUUCACUACUACCUCCUGCAACGAAGUCGCCGAAAUAACGAAAGGGAUAGGCGCGCUUCGUAUGGCAAGAUCAGAGCGUUCGAGCGAGGCCUUCUCCAGCUCCGAGGACUUUGGGAGCGUUUACAAGGAGAGUACCUAUGAUAGGUCGUCCUUUGCUCCUACAAAUUAUGGAAACCAAGCUUCCACUUCGUAUCAAAAUUAUGAAGAAUCGAAAGAUUCUUCGAAUCAUUCGUUCACUCUUCGCGACAGAUUCGCCGCCUUGACCGUCUCCUCUACCCCGUCAUCAGUAUCUUCUUCUGGCGAAAUUUAUUUCAAUACCACCAAUGAUAAUUUUAAAAGAAAUUCCUGUUCUACGAGCAGUGAUAAAUACAAUAAUGACUCUGAUAUGAAUUCAAACAUUACGAGGGGCGCGGAUUACGCAAUCGUCACGAGUCAUAACUCGGAUUCGGACGCUUCUAAUCUAAUUACCCCCAAACCCUCCGAUUCGAGAAAGAAUAGCAAGAGGAAUCUCGGAGUUACUAAAUUAAUGCUUCCGUCCUUUGCAUCUACAUCCCCUAAUUUCGCGCGGCUUUUAUCCCGCUCUUGUCUCAUACCUCCUCUCUCCCCGGAUCCCCAACUCAAGACCGCCACUCGUUUCUCUACGCCUCAACCUGCAAGUCCCCCAGCCCGAUUCUUUUCUUCGUCUACUCCCAUACCAUUUCAUUUUGAUAACGAUUAUGAUCAAGAGGGGAAUGAUAGGGAGUUGAGUAGGUCUUCCACCGAAAAUUACAUUGUCAAGGAAAAAGAUUUUGAAGAGCCCAAAACCGAUGUUGAAGGGACCUUUCAUUUCCAUGAAACCGAAACGAAUAUCGUGAAACCUGAAACAAAAGGAAAAGGGGCUGUCAAGAAGGUAACCAAAAAAUUAUUGAAUUUAUCUGCUAGAUCAGCACCAGCCUCCCCUCGGCUCGAUAAACCUGAUGUCAAGAUAUUUUUGGAAGGGAAAUGUUUGUUAAAUCAAGGAAUUUGCCCCAUCAUAGUUAGGGGUUCUAGCGAGGCUCCCCAAAAUAUAUCCAAUACUGGCGUAUUACGACAGAGUUUCUAUAACGAUAGAAUGAACGUGUCACCAAAGCCCACUUCUCCGAAAAAAUUGAAAGAAACGCCAUCCACAGAGAAUAAAAAUAUGAAGAGGAGUUCGGAGAAGAAAUUUAUUUUCGGCUGCAAUAAUAACCUAAAUUACUUUAACUCCAAAAAUAUACGACCUACCGACAGUUAUGUUGGCGGAAGCUCUAACAACUGCAAAUCGGGGCCAUCUCGUUACCAGAGCUCUCUGUCCCCUCUCGUCAUAGAGGAUGUAAUGUCAUCAUCACAUCCGCAUCAUAAGGCUCUUAAAAAAUGCGGGGAAAAUAGGAAGGAUUCUACUCUUAAAAAAGAUUACACUUUUCCUACAAAAUCUUGCAACCCUACCCAUGAAUGCCAUAAUAACCUUAACGAAAGAUUUAACACAUACAGUGAUAACGAGAUUUCCUAUUACAAAAACGAUCGGCUCGUGACCAUGGGUUGGACAGGUGGGGCUCGCCCAAAAUAUUCUUACUACUUUCAGAGGAGGAGGAGCCACAACAAUAGCCAGACAGAGGGCGGGGACGCCCAUUAUUCUGAUAAAAAAGCCGAUUUAAGGUGUAAAGAGAGCAUGGAUGAUAAUAAUGAAGUCACAACCAGGCAUUGUUCUCGCUCCCUCUCUUCAUCAUUUUCCGAUUCAAACUCCAACAUUAGCCCGGCCAUGCUCACCAAAAUUCCCCAUCACCAUGUAAGUAGGGGCCCUAACAGCCUUAGAUUUGAUGUUUGUUUGGACGAUACAAAUUCCGAUCCUUAUAUUGCCAUCGAUAGUCAUGAUCAAUAUUUAGCAUCUAGACCUCCGCCUCUUAUCAAGAGACUCAAGCCUCUCAUUAAAUUGAUGAAGCCGCAUCCAGGAUAUGACAAGAAACACAAUUGCUCUCGUGUAGGUUUUGGGUUCGGUAUUAAAACCAUUAAAGUUUAUCACGAUUACAGGUAUACCGAUUCUAAAGUCGAACUUGUCAAUGAGGACACUACGCAGGAUGCCUUCAGAAAUUAUACUGUUCAGCAUUUAAUCGCGAGUAUAGCGCCCGAAUCCCCAGCUGCACAAUGUGGCAUGAUACAACUUAAUGAUUUGAUCGUGGAAAUUAAUGGACGGCCAGUGCACGACACUCUGCAUACCGAUGUUUUAGCAUCUAUCCUUUCAUCUCAACCAUCUCUCACGUUAAGGCUGGCCUCUUUGUCUAGUACAUCUCUUAAACCUCAUCAUAUAAAAUAGGAUUGGAUAUAAUAAAUAAAAAAUGAUGAAUGAUUACUUAUUUAUUUAUUCUUAUCUUAAAAGAUAUUACAAAUUCCUGUUAUAUUUCUACAAGGCAAAAAUAUUAUAGAUGAUGAAAUUGGGUAGAAUUUUUUUUAUCAUAGCAAAUUAGGGAAAGAGGUUUCAAAAAUAUAUUUUAGAGUAUUAAAGCCACAUUUAUAUUUUUUUAAUUUUUAUAAAAUAAUAUAUCUAUCUAGUUACUAUUUUGUUCGUUUUAUCCUAUUAAAUCACUAACAUUCUAUCCUCUAUAGUCUAACAUUGUAUCAGUUCCUUGUGCUUUCUCAUAUUUUAUUCUAGCACUUAGCUUUAUGUUUAUAUGUUAUUAACUUACACUAAUGUAUUAUAUUACUAUUUCGAUAAAAUUAUAAUAAAUAUACUGCAAUUUAUCUAAUGGAAUUGAUAUAUUUAUAUUAUAUUUAUAUCCAUUGUUUUUAUAUACCAACACAAAUAUAUAGUAUAUAAAUUAAAU